UCCUCUUCUUGGUCAUUUCCCGACUCAGGCGGUAAAUGCUUUCUAAUCCCCCUAAAUUCCUUUUCAUACUGUUCGACUUGAUUCCGCUGAACAUACCUACAUUGUUUUGCACUCCGUUUUGUCUCGCUUCACCUUAGUUAAGAGCCUGUCCAUAAAUCUGACACCUCUUCGAGAUGUGGUGGGUUACGAGCUUGAGUCAAACCGGAAUUGUCAGCUCAUACGCAGUAAUCGUCCGUGCUCUCGGCAAGCACAGAAAUUCUGAUUGAGGAUGUUGCUCACAAAGCAGGUCGAUGAAUAAUCUUCAGUGUCGAGUCAUCGUCGGUGGAUACCGAAGCCUAGAUAUAAGGAGCUGGAAGGUGAGGGUUGAUGCGCCCUUUUCAGAUCUCCACAUCGGCGAUGGUCCAAGAUAUUUUUCGUGACUCUACCAUCGGCCUCGCCGUUAAUUACAUCUCCAACGGGCGUUUAUUCCCUUACGCAGACCAGCGCCCUGAUUUCCAAGUCCCCCCUCAAUUCCUCCUUCCCUCUGAAAGAGAAACAACGCUUGUUGCUCCCGAUUCUGACGCGACAACUAUCUGUGGCGACACCCAUACAUCUAAGAAAACUCUUUCGACUCCUGGCACUCAGUUGACGAGAGAAGAUACCAUAGUUAUCGACGACGCCGAGAAGCCAGCGGAAAAGGAGAUCGGUGAAUCACUCAAGUCAGAUCCAUAUAUCGUGGGGUGGUAUGGGGAUGACGAUCCGGAAAAUCCGAGGAACUGGUCACCAAAAAAGCGUGCUUUUGUAGCAUUCAGUAUUAGUUUGCUCACAUUCAGCGUGUAUAUUGGCUCCGCUAUAUAUACCCCCUCUAUUCCAGGAAUAAUGACAGCCUUCAACGUCUCUCUCACGAAGGCCACGCUUGGACUAACGCUUUAUGUACUUGCAUACGGAAUUGGACCUAUGUUCUUGUCUCCUCUUCAAGAGCUCCCUAACUUAGGUCGCAACCCUGUAUACAUGGCCACUCUAUUCCUCUUCGUCGUCUUCCAAAUACCUGUGGCCACUGCCAAGAAUAUUGGCACAAUCCUCGUAUUCCGGUUUCUAACAGGCUUUGUCGGAAGUCCUGCACUCGCAACUGGUGGCGCAUCCAUGGGAGAUAUCUAUCCUAUGCAUCAGUAUGCGUAUGUGCUCGGUAUAUGGGCACUCGGGGCAGUUGCCGGGCCUAUUACUGGACCUGUCGUCGGCGGGUUUGCAGCUCAGGCUAACGGCUGGCGAUGGCCUCAAUAUGAACUUAUCUGGAUCGCUGGAUUCUCCCUCAUUUUUCUACUGUUGCUUCUUCCUGAGACGUACGAGCCGACGAUCUUGCUGAGGAGAGCCCAGCGACUGAGGAAGCUGACGGGUAACCAGCAGCUCCGGUCUCAAAGCGAGAAGGCUUCGGAGGGAGAGUCCUUUGUGGAGAUCAUGAAAGAGGCGCUGACAAGACCUUUCAUUCUGGCGCAGGAACCUGUCUUGAUGUUCGCCAAUGUGUACAUUGGAUUCGUCUACGCUAUAUUCUAUCUCUGGUUUGAAGCGUUCCCCCUCGUCUUCACUGACAUAUACCACUUCAACUUGGGCACCAGUGGCCUGCCAUUCCUCGGUUUCGUCGUAUCUGGUGGGAUCACAUACUUUGUCUACGUUCUCUAUCAAAUGUACCACAUUGCCCCUCGAUAUGCGAGAGCCUCUGCCGAGGGAAAAGAAGUUGCGCCCGAAAUUCGUCUAGAGAUCGGCCUAAUGGCAAGCAUAUUCAUCCCGACAAGUGUCCUCAUCUUUGGAUUCACGUCCAAAGAAAGUAUUCAUUGGAUCGUUCCCAUCAUCGGUGCUGCGAUUUAUCUCCCCGGCAUCUAUCUUUCGUUCCAAAGUAUCCUUACAUACGUUACGUCGUCAUACCCAGCUUACGCAGCCUCGGUCCUCGCUGGAAAUGACCUUUUUCGUUCAACGAUCGCCAGCGUCUUUCCUCUCUUCGGGCGUGCAUUCUUUGUCAACCUGGGUUUGGGUCCCGGGUCAGCGCUGCUGGCGGGUAUCUCAUUCUUAAUGAUGCCCGUAUUUUUGGCGCUGUGGAAAUGGGGUUACAUAUUGAGGGAGAGGUCAAAGUACGCGCAGGGCCCAUAGAAUACUACUCACACUUUGGACAGUUCAGUCCGCUUAUGCCGUUGGAUUUGUGCUGUGGAGAAAUACUAGCCAUAGAGAGCGCCUCCAGGACGCUACACUUAGAUACUGGACUCCCAUAAGCGGUCGUAGCCAAGUAGAUGACAUUAGACGAUAUAAUUAUGAAGCAUUGUUU